AUGAAGAUUACAGCCCUGGAAGGAGCAGCCCUUAACAAAAGCGCGGAACACGACGCCCAGCUUCUCGAGGAGAUGGAAAAACUCCGUUUCGAAGUCAAACAGCCGAAAGCAGACACCAGCAACGACUCGCCCAGAAACGGCCGCAAGAAGAAGACCUACAGGGACGUGGCCAUUUCCUUCACUGACAGAGAGACUCUGCUGAAGGACGUCGAGGUCAUCAAAACUUUGGGAGAGGGCGGAAACGGGAAGGUCGAUCUGGUCUCGUUCAACGACACCGUGUGCGUGCUGAAAACCGCCCUCGGAGGACGGGUUCCAGUCAAAGAAUUGAGGAUCAUGUCCUACCUGGAUGGAGCGGGCGGAGCUCCGAAAAUCAUCGCGGCCUCGGAGAAGGAAUUCCUGUGCACCUACUCGGGAGCCCGCACGUUGCGGGAUUUCAUCAAAGACGUCACCGUCAGCCAGGAAUGUCUGCUGAGGGACAUCGCGCAGGUGAGCGAGCGAGUGCGCGAAGUCCACGAGAAGUCCAUCGUCCACAACGACAUCAAGGAGGACAACGUGGUGUACGACGAACCCAACAGGACCUUCAACUUGAUCGACUUCGGACUCAGCACUCACGUCGGGGAGAGCCUCGCCACAGUCGACGAUCCAGACGAAUUCAAGAGGCUCGACUGGAUGGCUCCCGAGGUCAAGAGAGGGGAGGGCGCCACGCCCAGGAGCGACGUCUUCUCCCUGGGCGUGUUGCUGGGGAACGCCAUCUUCCAGUUCCGGCAUCCCAACGCUGUCGCCCUGACCCUGGUCGGGUGGGCGACUUCUGAGGCCGUCAUGGAACGGCCUUCCCUGGAGGAGUUCAUAGCCGUUAUGAAGGGGGCUCUGAAGGCGAGGCAUUAUGCGGAAAGGGCGCUGAAGUUCUUUGAGAUGUAUGAUUAA